UCGGAUUCGGACGUUCAGUUUGUUAUGCGGUGGUAGUGUUGUUUGUGUGUGGGGCCCCGUGCUCAUUUUCGAAAAGGGGCCUAUACGACUAUUGCAUGAAGCCUACAAGGAAGCAUGAUGACAUCCGUCACGUUACCUUCAAGUUCUGGUACUUUGAAUGGAGGAUAUGCCUCAGCGGUGACGGAAGAAAUAUCAAACAGCAGAGGCGAACUUGAUACACCACGCACAAUCAAGCGAUCCCUGAGCAUAACAUCGAGCGAGUCGUGCAAGAAACGCAGGAAGCAGUCCACCCCCAUCAGGAUAUCGACCACCGAACCCGAGAGUCCAUCUUCUAAUUUUGUUGAAGGUAAGCCCGUCGUGCCUUCUCCCGAGCCAAAUCUUCGUUGUUCAAUCUGCCAACUGCCAUUCCAAUAUCCAGAAGAACUGCAGAAUCACAUCAUCUGCGAGCACCCUCCAUUGGAGUGCAAGAAGGAACCCGAAGAACAAAUCGCGACGAACCCAUCGGUGUCUUACCUGGAGCAUUCGGAAACUUCGAUGGGGCUGUCCAUGAUGAGGUCAGAAAUGAAAUGGAUGAAUGACAUCCAGAACAAGGAGUGGAUGAGUUCGAAUUUAACCAAUCUGCCUUUCAGCCCAGCGAAUCCCAUGUUCAUGACGAUGCCGCAAUUCUCGCAGCCUGAGAACAUUCCUUUAAAGCCCAUUCGGAUAUUCAAUCCCGACGCCUACUGCGACCUUUGCAACAAAGAGUUCUGCAACAAAUACUUCCUCAAAACACACAAAGCGAACAAGCACGGCAUUUACCUGGACAACUCCUCAUCCGAGCCCUUGCAGUUGUCAAUGUCUGGCCCAUCCCUUGCUGGUAAUAUAAAGUUACCUAACACCGUGCCAAGCGUGGAUCUGUCUACCACGAAGACCGAACCGAAGACUCCGAUAAACCUGAUCAACCCUUUCAACAGUUUAUUCAACCCAUUUUCCUCUCAGGCUAAUUUGUCGGAAGGUGAGCUCAAUGAACACGUCGGUAUGUCAAACGGACUAUCGUCGUCUAGUGAGAGUGAUAAAAUAUACCCAGACGAUCAACCUGCCGAAGAAAAUCCUAGUCCUAGUAAUACGCAAACCGAAUCUACCUCAAUAAAAAAUGAUCCUGACGGAAUGUUCAACGAUACAUCAAGUAAACUCUCGUCAGACCAAACCAAUCGCGAAUUAGAUUUACCAUAUCGCUUAAGAAAGAUGGGGGUUAUGAAUCCCAAGGCUUUUUGUGAAAUUUGCUGCAAGGAAUACUGUAACAAAUAUUUUCUGAGAACACACAAGCUGAAACGACACGGGAUUUACAUUCCAGACGAAAAGGAGAGGGAAGUGAAGGCGGAAAGCGGGCUAACGAACUUUUCUUCUCACAACAUACAAACGAGUCCGCUGAAUCUUAUUAUGACAGAGCAGACUAGUUCCGACAGCAAGACAACAUCUCCGAGUAACAUAACUUGCGACAUUUGUGGCAUAAAGUUCCAAAAUUCCAGUCUGGCUGAAAUGCACAACUUGAACGUUCACGGCAAGCUGUAUUCUAAAGAGCCGGAGGAGUUCGACAAAUCUGUGCAGGACAUGAGGAAAAUGACAGAAAUGUUCAAGGCGACCGAUAAAUCCUUGAACGCCGAGGCUAUAAGUGAGGACCUGCAAAAACUUCAAACUAUGAUUCUCCAGUUGAACGACAUCGAUACUAGCAAGGUUUCUGUAACGUGUACUAUGUGCAGCAAGGACUUCGAAAACCGAUUCUAUCUCCACGCACACAUGCUUUCGGAUCACGGAAUUUUGCUGGAUGACGUGGAUGCAGAAAAAAACACCGAGACGGAAAAUAUAUCCAAUAAUAACACCAUGUGCGAUAUUUGCGGCAAAGAGUUUCAAAACGCCGAGGAAAUGUCUAGGCACAUUAGCGAAUUCCACUCGAACAGCCAAGCAGGGAACGAAACAAAAGACGAUUAUAAUGGAUACAGCAGUGGGGAGAAGCCCCACAGAAUAUCAGUGUCCAGUAGUCAGAUCCCCGAAAGGAGGAUUUCGAUGAACGUAACCCCAACCAGCAGCUACUGCGAAAUAUGCAACAAGGAGUUGUGUAACAAAUAUUUCAUGAAAACGCACAUGCAACGAAUGCACGGCAUCGAAAUUGAAAACGGAGCACAAAUUGGAGGGGUGGUGUGCGAUAUUUGCAACAAGGAACUCUGCAGCAAGUACUUUCUGCGCGUCCACAAACACAAUACGCACGGCAUCAUAGAGUACGGGGCUAAUUUACUCCCUCCUCGUAAGUCCGAAGGGGAGCCACCAGUCCCAACCUCGUCCGCCAUGCCCGAACCGGAUAAUUCCCUCAAGCCGGGAGACCUGGCAGAUUUGAGUCACAGAUACUUCACCCACUUCACUGAGGUAUGCACAAUUUGCAGCAGGAGAUUCCGGAGCACGAAGUGGUUGAAAGCUCACUUGGUGGCGGACCACGGACAAGCGGGGGCUGAGAAAUGGGCCGAAAUCGAGCACCAACUCCAGCAGAACCGAGGAACCUCGAAGUCCUCCAUUUCGAUGCAACCAGACGGAUCCAGUCCGAAUCUUAAGAUCCCCAACGGCAGUCAAGAACAACCGAAACCUGGCAUACAAAACUUCAUUUCCAGCUUAUUCGGAAUCGACGAUAGUAACACCAAAAUGUACCAGUGCUCGUACUGUCCCUUCACGUCGCCUCUACUGCCGCUUUUGUUCGUUCACGAGAGGUCACAUUCCUUGACCAUGGAGGGAAUUCCUAUCAAAUGUCCGAUGUGUCCCCAGACUUUUUCGGAACGGGAACUGUUGCAACGUCAUAUAUUGUCGCACCAUCCCUUUCUCUUGCCCGCAACGAUCAAAGAAGAGGACUGCGGCGGUCUAAAGGAGUCAUGCAGGAAAAGAGUUGAGGACGCAGAGACCGACACCGAUCAGCCAAAGCAAGAACAAAAUACAUUCGGUAAAGAUGUUGAGAAGAAAGAUAUCGCGAAAAGUAGAAAACAAUCAGUAUCACCGAUCAAAAUACAACAAGUGGAAUUGUCUUCGGAGAUCGGACAAUCAUUGAGAGAUGUAGCGAAAAGAAUGCAGUGGCCAGCUACUUACGCAAUCCCGCAAGGCCAGCACCAGCAGUCGGAACAAGACCAAGAAGAAUCGACGUUUCCAUCAGGGCCAGGGUAUGUUAUGCAGGCUUUUCUAUUGGAAGAAUCAACUUCCGAACGCAGAGUGGUACCCUCCGUGGUUUUUUUACCCAUGCUGCAGAAACAGCCUGCCCCCAUUACUGUUACUUUUACACUUACCCCGGCCUAA